GAACAGUCAGCGUCAUCAGCAGAUUCACACGACAGGUCUUCUGUGAAUGUUAGUGUCAUUUUUCCCUCGCUUGCUCAAAGCGUCCCACCGCCACAUACGCAGGUUGGAGGGGGUAUUGAAUCUGGUUCUAAUCAUCCUUCACCUCCCCACUCACAAGGGCUUAACGCUGGCUCAAAUACAAGACCAAAUGUUUCUUCUGACGACUCAGUGCCGUCAACGUCAGGAGGUGAAGGUGGCAGUGGCGGCGACGGUAGUGCCGCAAAAUAUGUGGGUAUUGCAUUCGCUGGAGUCUGUAUCGUUGUCUUCGUUGGUUUAUGUUUUUUGGUCGCGAAAAUAAGAAAAAGGAAACGAGGGGCCGUCCAUGAUGCAUCGCAUAUACCGCCAAAUACGAAAGCAGGUGAUAUGCGUUACUACGGACUGCAGCCCCUGCAAGAUGACCCCUACAAAAAUGGGAGCCAAACGGGAAGUGUGCAAUCUUUGGGAACUUCAGAGACAGUGCAGCCCAUGAGUGCCCAGACUGCUUUUAGCUAUGAAGGUAUUAUGGAGAUAACAAAUGGGUUUUCUAGUCAAAACAUUAUUGGAGAGGGGGGAUUUGGUUGCGUUUACAAGGGUUGGCUGGCAGAUGGAAGAGUUGUAGCAGUCAAGAAGCUGAAGGCGGGCAGUGGGCAAGGCGAUCGGGAAUUUCGUGCAGAAGUGGAGAUUAUCAGUCGUGUUCAUCAUCGACAUUUAGUAUCGUUAGUCGGUUAUUGCAUAUCCGAGCAGCAAAAGAUUCUUAUGUACGAGUUUGUUCCCAAUGGAACGCUCGAUCAUCACUUGCACGGAAAAGGAAUGCCAGUGUUAGAUUGGGCCAAGAGGGUGAAGAUAGCAAUUGGUGCCGCAAGAGGUCUGGCAUAUCUGCAUGAGGAUUGCCACCCAAAGAUUAUCCACAGAGAUAUAAAGUCAGCAAAUAUACUUUUGGAUGAUGCUUAUGUGGCAAAGGUUUCGGACUUUGGACUUGCGAGGCUAACAGAUGAUGCUGAUACUCAUGUAUCAACUCGUGUCAUGGGAACCUUCGGGUACAUGGCUCCAGAGUAUGCAACAAGUGGAAAGUUAACAGAUAGGUCGGAUGUCUUCUCCUUUGGAGUUGUCCUCCUAGAGCUUUUGACUGGAAGGAAACCAGUUGAUCAAACUCAACCACUGGGAGAAGAGAGUUUGGUUGAGUGGGCCAGACCUCAUCUCAUUCAUGCAGUUGAUACUGGUGACUUCAACAAACUAAUAGACACAAGGCUUGAAAAUCAUUAUGUGGAGAGCGAAGUACUUAGAAUGAUUGACGCAGCUGCAGCAUGUGUUCGCCAUUCUGCUCCAAAACGGCCCCGGAUGCUUCAGGUCGUAAGAGCCUUAGAUAGUGGCGGUGAACCAGUUGACCUAUCCAACGGAGUGAAAUAUGGUCAGAGCACUGCUUAUGAUUCUGGACAGUAUGAUGAAGAAAUUAUGAGAUUUAGGAUGAUGAAUGGUGUAAGCUUUAGCAGUUCUGAAUUUGAUUUGUAUGAUGAAGAAUAUAGUUCAAGAGAACUAUCCGGCUUCCGACGCGCAUUUGCUCGGGCUGGUUCGGGUGGCGAGUCCAGCUCUCAAGCUUUCAGCAAAGGUGGGAGCAGUGGGCAAACGAAGGAAUGAAUGAUAACAACUAACUUUACCAAUUUCCUUUAUAGGAUUUGCGGCAUCAAGGAUUUGCAUCAUCUUACAGAGCAAAAUAUAAAAUGUUCAAAUGGAUUAGAUUGCCCUUCCCUGGUUGGAUCCUCUGUGAAUGUAGAAUGUGCAAUGCAGAGGGGUACUAAAGAGAAGCUAGUAAAUGUGUAUACGUACAAAAUGUGGAUCCUAUACGAAGUCACAUUCUCCAUGCCACUCCCCCUCCCCUGGGGAAUGCAUGAAUACAUAAACGAAAAGGAUCCAAAAUUUGCACUAACAAUUGACUUGGCGUACAAAUUUAAUGUUGAACUUUUUCCCCCUUUAUUUUUAUUCUAUUUCCCCUCUUGUUUUUAGC